AUGGAUCAGUAUUAUAUCAUCAAAAUCUUGGGGCGAGGAUCUGAAGGUCAAGUACUUUUAGCUGAGCACAAGAAGACACAUGAAGAGGUUGCCAUUAAACGUAUGGAAUGGGCGAGUUUUGAUGACGCCAAUCUUCACCUCAAUGAAGCUCAAAAGCUCAAAGAUCUCAAUCAUCCGAACAUUAUGAAAUAUUUGAAAGUCUUUCUUCACAAAUAUAGUACGGAAACUCACUUUGUUUGUCUAUGUAUUGAGUACUGCCCUGGAGGAGAUUUACAAAAGCUUAUCACGAGUGUGAUCAAACGAGAUAAAAAGUUUAAAGAAGAAGACAUUAUAACGUAUGCAGAACAAAUAGCAGAAGGCCUUAAAUAUCUGCAUGAACAUAAUAUUAUUCAUCGCGAUUUAAAACCUCAAAACAUUCUGAUUGCCUCAGACGGUACUCUUAAAAUUGGUGAUUUUGGUAUUAGUCGAGAAAUUGGAACACACAGCUUAGCUCAUACUCAAUGUGGUACAAUUCAAUACAUGAGCUAUGAAAUGUUAAACAAGGAACCUUACGAUCAAGCAACUGACAUGUAUUCUUACGGUGUAAUUUUACUUCAAAUGAUGACAGGAAAACAAAUGAUGAUCUCUAUGGAAUUGAGAAAAAAUCCUAACUUUUUCACAGACAUUGAACAUCAGUGUGUCAAAGUACUCGGAUAUUCCCAAGAAUUAUUCGACUUGGCAAAAUUAUUAUUAAGCUAUGAUCCUCGAGAACGACCAACUGCAGAGAAAACUCUCAAAGUUCUAAACAAGAUCAAAGCAGAUGGAAAACAUGGCAAUUUAAAACUUGCUCUGAAAGAUUUUAAACUUUUACCUGAUGUGUUAAAACUGCACGUAUUUUCAUAUUUGAAAAUUGAAGACAUGUAUCAUAUUGGACUUUCUUGCAAACAGUUGUUUCUCAUUUGGGAAGAGCAUUGGUGGCGAGUGUUCAUGACCACUACCAAAGUUGGAGAUGAAAUUAUGAAAUCUGCAGCAUCUCCCAACUCUGGCAAACGAAAACGAUCAGGAAGUGCCAAUACCAAACAUCCAUCCUUAGUGGCCUCUCCCAGUGAUCCCUCUAUUGACUUUACUGCACUGAAUGAGAAAGUCACUGCCUCUUCUCCUCUUGUAUUAUCCGUUCCAUCGACACAAACUGAAAAGAAUAUUUUCAAACAACAAGCAUUUGCAUUUGUGAAAAUUCACAAACCCAAAAAGAGACGUGACAUGAAUAAGCGAGGAAAGAGUGUGGUGAGUGAAAUACAUCCUUCACAAGUUCAGGAAGCAGCCAACUUUCUUGCUCAAUCCUUACGAUCGCCACUCUUUUACAAGUAUAAUACUACUCAUCAUCAUGAAUCGAUGGCAUCGACAGGAAGGACUGUGAGUGAUGUUCCAUCCUCUGAGGCAUCGAGUCCUAGCAAAGCAUCUGAAGAGGUGAAGGAAUCCCAAGGAAGCAUGACUCUAAAAACACCACGAGGUGAUGACUCGACGAUCCACACAACGACUUUUCCUCAACAUGUUUGGCAUCCUCUACUAAGCUAUAUUUUCAAGGCAGAAACACCAGACGAGGUUUCCUAUGAGUCCUUAUUAUUCCUUUGUUCCAUGUUGAUCAAGUAUGGAAUCAAAUAUGGACGAAUUUAUGUGAACACGUAUUAUCCAAUGAAUGAAGAAGCAAAAGAAAUUCAAGCCAUAUCAAUAUGGCAGCAUCCAUUCAACUCGAAAGGAAUUGAUUUUUGGAAAAUGUUAAGGCUGGGAAUUGGAAAAGCUUCAAAGAGUCUUGGUAUUAAAGGACUGUUUAGAACCAUGAAAGCAGUCGAGGGUAUGGAAACCAUUCAUGCGCAAUUGCUUUCACAAACUGAGAAACCUCAUUGGACCCUGCUGUCACUUGUCGUAAAACCAGAAUUAAGAAAUAGAGGUCUAGGAACUGAAGUAUUGUUGCCAAUCAUUCGAGCAAGUGAUGAAGCUACAUUACCAAUUUAUACCAUUGUUCAUCAUUAUGAAAAUCAGUCACGAGAAGAGAAGCCUGUUCAAUUUUUAAAGAAACAUGGUUUUGAUGUGAGAGAAGAAUGUACCCCAAAGAAGGGACCUCCAUUCACAGUGUUGAUACGAUAUGGCUGUUGA